AUGCAACGGCUGUCGCAAGAAUCGGUGCACAAACUGUCGUACAACAGCUCGCGCUCCUCAAGCAACGACGGAUCGGACAGCAGUGACGUUCUCGCGGCGCGACGGGACGAGCUCAUGUCCCAACUCCUCACGGCCGAAUACGAUCAGGACAUCGGCAAAUGGUCGUCCGGCGAGAUGCUCACACGACGACCGUCAACGCCACCUUCUUCCGAUUGCCCUGUCGAGGUCAAUAUUAUUAGCGCAACUCCUUCUCAUUCCUCAACCCAACUAACCGAGGACGCGCUCCGCGAAGCUCAAGUGGAUGGGUCUUUACGCCAUCCCCCCUCUGGAUCCACCAGCAGGGACAACGACAAUGACGACGGUGGGGCCCAUGCGUGGGACAGUGUUUGGCCCGCGCCAAACGCGCAACCGGUUGUCAGCUUUCCGCUGCAGCCUGCCAUGGCCUCUCGCUUCCCGUCAGCGCCAGUGUCGCCAUAUGUUACGCCCUCGUUCUCACCUGCAGUGGUCCAGGCCACUCGUCGCUUGUCGUCGUCGCCUCCUCACUCACCAUCACCGCAGUUGGCUCCCCCUUUCAUCUCUGGCAAAGAGCUCGCAUCGUCACCGCAUCUACCUCGUCGGCUGUCGGAGACUGCCAUCACACGGCGGUCCGAUGCUUCCCUCUCACUCAACAGCGACGUCGGUGUGUCGGCCACCCUUUCCUCGCUCGUGUUGCCCGACCACGACUCCCAAGGAACAUUGAGGGUGCCAUCUGUGACGUUGCGAUUGCCAGCAAUCACUCGGCCCGCUGGGCCUCGCCGGGCCCAUUCCGCACAGGACGCUCUCGGCACUCGCGCCCGUAUUGCGGCUGGCUUGUCCGGAAGCCCAGCUUCACCACAGGAGGAAGACGCCUCCGAGGCAUCAGAAUCGUGGUCUGAAGCGCAUGCAUCCCAGCGUCCUCCUACGCCACUUCCUCCCGAGCCUAUCACGUUCGCGUCCCCGGCCUUUGCCAUGUACGAGAACGCGAUCGAGGACGACGUCGAUGAUGAAGACAUGGUGGAGCCGUCUUCACCCGUUUCGUGGCCGACAGGUUACGAAUCCACUGUUAUGGAUGACACCCUAGCCCCUGGCCCGACAGAGAAAAUCGAUAUACCGCAUCCCGCUCUUGCAGGCGGCCUCGUAGACGAAGGAGAUCUUCUACCCAGCAACGUGUUGCCGCAGAUCGAGUCGGAUGUCACCUUCGACGACGAGGGCCUCACCACCCUGGAGCGCAUCUUCCUUCUCUGUCGGAGCGAGUACUCCUUCCAUCGAGCGUAUGCGGCACGCGUGCUUGGGGACCUUCUCGGAGACGUCGACCCAUGCGAGUCGGUUGAGUAUGUUCUCCCUCUGGUCUCCAGCUUUUCGCUCGACGAAGACGAGUCAGUCAAAGAGGCCUUCGCAGCAGACCUCCACAGAGUUUUGUGGUACUUUUUCUCUGCGUGCCAGGUGGUCAUCAGCGAAGACACCACACAGUAUGAGGCGACUGCUGCGUCCGACCGAGACGACGACUUGUCGCGGAGCUCGACCAAUAUGCCCGAGAGCGUCUACCAUCUCGACCAUGUCAUUCGGACUCCUGGAAGCGAAAUGCCCCGCGACAAGUUCGAAGCCAUGUUCGCAGCAGCGGCGGCGACGCAGUCUGUGGACGACAUUAGCCAUUCUACUGCGGCGACGCACCAAGCGACCGACGGCGGAUCUCCUCGCGAUGAGUCGCCUGUGAUCACUGAGGGCACUUCAAGCGGGACGCUGACCUCUGGAACAACGCGCUCGACUGACCAUGUGACCGAUUCCGGGACCGCCCUCACCAGCGUCUCGUUCCCCCACGCAGACGAGGGUGAAGAAGCCAAACCACCAAUGCUUUCUGCCGAUAGCGACAAACUUUGGCCUGGCGACUACGAAGUGGUUGAAGCUCCCGCCAUAAGCGUCGACUUCUUCCGCCCGAUGCUUGGAACACUUCUUCUGAGUCACAAUCCUGCUGUCGCAGACCCGGUUCGGGCAGGUAUUGUCGCGAUCAUCUCCCGCUUGCGCGGCCAUGGUCUUGUGACUACCGAAACCUGGGGAUCAAUGUCUGAGCCGGAAGACGAAGACAGAGUCAAGACGUUCUUGUCGCAGACUGGUCCCCACGCUCACGUACUCAAGGCCUUCGACGGUACCGCAAAGUCUCUGGUUGAGCAGGAACUGCUGCAUGGCAUUGUGUUAGGCAUGGGCACACUGUCCACCGACGUCCCUGAAUCGCUUUUCGACAACUCGGUCGAGGUCGUUGGCGACGACGACGAGGAGUACACAAUCGACCGCGCUCGUGACGAGGAGCUCUUCCGGCAGCAGAUGGUCCACGAAGCGGCACUGGGCCGUGCACUCUCACUGUCGCUCAUCGGUUCCGUCUCGGAGAUGUACCCCGCUACCGAGGUUGAACAAUACGGCUUCGUCGACGAGGUCAUCCGCGGAUUAGACGGCGACGUCAAUUUGCGGGCGGAGGCUGCCGUUGCCAUGGCCGCCGUCGUCAAGGCUGCGCCAGAGGAGGCCAUCGACCGCCUGCUCCCUGUAUUUGAGCUCUACGCAAAUGAUGAAGACGACCAGGUGCGUCAGGCCGCAUGUGUUUGUCUGGCCCCACUGUGCAAGCGCAUUCCACAGGACGCCGCGCGCCGCCACUUUGCCGUCCAAGCCAUGACGACGUUCAUGGCUAGCGGCGAUAGUGUGCGCUAUGCUGCGCUUGAGGUUCUCGGCGAGGUGAUCUACACCUUUCACUCCGACCCAGAAGGCCCACCAGCCGAGCUCAUCAGCAUCUUCUGCGACGACCAAGAAAGUGAUGGAAAGGACUGCGACUGGGAUGUCGUUGCCAGCUACAAUUUCCCGGGCGUCUGCCUGACACUGGGCUCCGACCGCUGGUCUGAGCUGCGUGACUUGUUCAAGCGUAUCGUCGAGCGCGCUGGUGAGGGCGUGUUCCGCACUAUUUCGGCCUUUCUCCACGAGUUAGCGCGCAUCCUCAACCCGGAAAGUGUGGCUGAGGACAUACUUCCCGUCUACCAUCUGUGCCUCGAGCUUGGCGACGAUGUGCGUGAGAGGAUCUUCGAGCACAUCGAUGUCCUCAUCUCUCGGCUGCCACCUGCUCUCGGGUGGCAGUCAUUCCUGCACCUGUCCAACUCGUGGAAGGAAGACCAGCUCGGCGGCUGGCGUGCGCGCGAGCAGUUGGCACUUCAUAUCCCGUCCUUCCUUGAGACAUUCCGCGAGCACGAUGAGGUCGCUCUCGUCCUCCACAUGAUGCGUUCGGCGCUCCUCGACAAGUUCGCAGCCGUGCGCGACGCAGCAACUUACGCCAUCCCCAAGACGUACGACAUAGUCCAGCGCAGCCAUUGCUCGGCAACAACGUUUUACGAUAUGCUCCUCGAGUUCUCUCAUUCUCCGAGAUUCAGGCAGCGCUUAACGUUCGUCCGGUGUCUCCGUGAAUUUAUGCGUCCACCGCCGAACAAGCGCGCCUUUGAGCAAUUCUUCAUGCCUGCGCUCGUACGUCUCGCGACCGACAUCCUCGAUGUGCGCCUUGGCCUCGCAGGAGCCGUUGCCGACCUGUUCAUCAUCGGUGCCUUCUACGGCGACAAGUCGAUUCCCAUCCCCUCCAUAAUUCGGGGCAUCGUCGAAAUCCUGCUCAAGGACGAGUCGGUCGAUGUGCGCAACGCACUUUGCGAGAUCGGCGUGGACCGCUGGGCCAACACCGACUCGUCUGUCACAGCUGGGGAGGUGCUCGCGUCCGAGAUGGCAGCCACCGACAGCCCCGGGAGUCUCAUUCGAUGUGUAACGGACGCGCUCUCGGAUGGACCGCCUGACGACGAGCGGGUAGCUUCGCCACACAACCGCGCCGAGGUUCCGUCGCCUGCACUGCCUGCGAUGCCCCAGGACCAGAGUGAUCUUCAGGAUAACGCGGGCAUCGACCCGUUCAGUGAGAGCUUUGUACGCGCGCAGAUUUCUGGCGUCAUGAGCGCGCGCUCCGUGGCCGAUGACAUCCUCGCCGCAGCCCACCGUGCAGUCACCCUCCCCGAGGGGCUGGAGGGCAGCCCGCCACUGAGUCCCACCCUACCAGGUGUUUACUCCCCGCGUUAG